CAUUAUUUAUUAAAAUAAUAAUGAAAAAAGAAAUAAAGAAACCCCCAGAAAUAGAGAGUUAAGCAAACCAGAUCAGGAUUGGUGGAACGUCAGGGGUCAAAGGUGAAGCACAUAGAAGCGGUCCAGGAAGAAGUUUGAACAUGGCGGAUAAAGAGAAGAAGAAGAAGGAGAGUAUAUUUGACUUGUCAAAGUACAUCGACAAAACCAUUAGAGUAAAAUUCCAGGGUGGACGUGAAGCGAGUGGCGUCCUGAAAGGGUUUGAUCCUCUGCUGAACCUGGUGUUAGACGGCACAAUUGAGUACAUGCGUGACCCGGAUGAUCAGUAUAAACUGACGGAGGACACCAGGCAGCUCGGCCUCGUUGUGUGUCGAGGGACGGCUGUUGUCCUCAUUUGUCCUCAAGACGGCAUGGAGGCCAUUCCCAACCCCUUCAUACAGCAGCAGGACGGCUAACAUGUAUACACACACACACACACAAGGAUUGUAUCUGUUUUCUACAACAAGUUUCAGUUGAGCAAGAGUCUGUAUUGCGUCCAAAUUUGUGGAUGUUGGUUAUCAUAAUGUGUAACAUAGUGUUUUUGUUUUGUUUUUCCUGGCUGUAACUUUACUCAGGAGAUCUUUUAGUUUGGUUAUGGUUUUGAAUUAAACAGUAUCAAAGUCAAGUGAUCUCAUUACAUAUGACUGCACAUAGUGCUAACUUUAUUUUUACUUGUUAUUUUAAUAUUAUAAUUAAAUUGGACAUUCAUAAGA